AUGGACGUUGGGACCGUGAUGCAAACAGAACCCCGGGAGCUCGGCGGUUACUUCAUCCCAUUCGACGUCGCGAAAAAAUGGGUAAUCGAGGACGUGGAAUUACAAGCUGCUCUGGAUAUGGAACUCACGGGGCAAACGGUUGAUGCCCUUUUGGAGAAGAAGCAGAAAGCGCAUCUCUUCAACGCUUACGGGUUGGAUGUCGCCGCUGUUCGGAAGGUUUCUACAUCUGCGAGGACGAUACUUCUCCAAUACAGCUGGGAAGAUGAGGAGGACGUAGGAAAAGUACAGGACUGCACAUGUAUCCCAGAAGGUGGAACAAGGGAAGGUUAUCAUGCGAAAGUAUGGUUGGCGGCUGAGAUGAAGCGAUUUGAUGUGGAGAUCAGAUGGAGCACGGCAGCCGAUGUGAACACAGAGAGGGCGAGUAAAGUAGAGAGAAAGCUACCAGAGGGUUGUUAUUCAUGGCGUUUGGCUUGA